AGCGUCAUCUUAUCUCACUUUCUCUUAAAUAUAUUUCUUCCAUUCUUCAUCUAAAUGGAGAGGAAAAUGGCAUCAAAAACCUCAUAGUUCGAAUAAAUGAACCUAGGUAGCAAUGAGUGGUGGCGCCCAACAUCAUCAUGGCUCGGCCGAGUCCACGGAGGAGUCGCCCUUGUUAUCGGACGGGAGGCCUCGACGACCGUCGCAUCGCCCUACGCUAUCGGUGGCCUCGAUCACAAGCGUCCACGUCCCUAAAGUCCAUAACGGCCGGAUCAUCGUGAAUCUCCUCUGUGUAAUCGCGCUUAUUGCUUCGGCAUCUUCUGGCUUUAUCAACAUCCCUGUCACGCGAAUCGUGGAAGAUGUAGUCUGCAGGAAGUACUACGACAUCAAGGAGAGCGCGGGCAGCCCGAUUGACGAGAAACAAUGCAAGGACGAUGCGAUUCAGAGCAAGGUGGCAUUUGUCAUGGCUCUUUCGGGCAGUCUCGAUGCCGCGGUCGGGUUCUUCGCCGCGUUUCCCUGGGGUCUCGCAGCUGACAGGAUUGGACGAAAACCUGUAUUCGUCCUAGCCUUGCUCGGAGAUGUUGUAUCCAUUUUCUGGGGCAUGAUGGUGCUGUAUUUCCAUACCGUAUUCCCGGUCGAGUUGAUCUGGCUCGGGUCCGUGGGCUACGCGAUUGGCGGUGGUAACGCGGUGCUUGUCGGAAUUAUACUUAGUAUGAUUACAGACUCAACGAGCGAGGAAGAAAGGGCCGUCGCGUUCAUGCGUCUUCAUGUAGCAGGUCUGGCUGGGAACCUUAUAUCUCCGGCCGUAUCGUCUUUCAUGAUGGAAAGGAUGGGCCCUUGGCCCCCGAUUUGGUCGGCAAUUGUCGUUAUAACCGUAGCUGCUAUCGCUUUCCUCUUCGUUCCGGAGACGUUGAAGCACCAGAAGGACCCCGAAGAAGACGCCCAGGAGACAGAAACAGAAGUUCCAGGUCUCAAGUCACGAGCAGCUCAUGUGAUCGCGCAAUUUAAGGAGUCGUUGUCAAUACUCAAAUCAACGUCUCUCAUCCUUCUGCUUUUGACAUGCCUGGGAUCGGCCCCAGUUCUAUACUCGACUCUUGGCUUCAUGGCCCAAUUCGUCUCGAAAAGAUACGGCAUUGAGAUGUCGUUGACAGGCUACAUCCAGUCUACCUACGGUAUCGCCCAAGUCAUCCAAGCACUCCUUUUCCUGCCGUGGAUUACUCGGUAUAUUAUGCGCGACACAACGCCUGCAAUCCUUCGAGCUCCCGACGAGCACUGCCGUGAUCUAUUCCUUGCACGGUGGUCGUUCGGGAUUUUAACGAUUGGGAUACUAAUCCUUGGUCUAUCCCCGAACCUCGCUAGCUUCAUCAUCGGCCUCCUUCUUAUGGCCCUAGCGGCUAGUUUCAAUAGUCUAACUAGAAGUUUAAUGACCUUGUACGUCGAUCCGGAACAUCGUUCUCGGCUUUUCAGCCUUGUGGGUAUGGUGGAGGUCGUCAGUAGCGUGUACGCUCAGCCCUUCCUCGCCACGCUCUUCGCGCUCGGGAUGAGAUUCGGAGGCGGUUGGAUUGGUUUGCCGUAUUGUGGAGUGUCAGUCCUAGUUGCCAUCACCGGGUCUUUGUUGUACUUUGUUAGGGUACCGAAGGAAGCCAAAGAUUCAUCAUCGACGCGUGAAGAUGAUCAACAUCAGGAUUAGAUGUGCCGAAAUGACUAGAGUGGGCUAGGGUAACCGGAGAUUGUUAGAUAACUAGUUAGAUCUAUUAUAAGAUCAUUGGUAUAGAACUAUAGAUAAAUGGGUUAGGUACUGAAUUAUAUAUAUAAUGUAAUUC